AUAUUCGAAUCAACAAUGAGGACGAAACACAAGGCCACCGAGGUUAGACCAUCUGUUCAAGGUGCCCGUCGCCUGAAGGCCACAGUUGCACAGGGUACGAAAGGUAACUCUUCAGCGGCUUCCUCAAGCUCGAAAAAACGCACGCCAGCCAAACGAAUAUCGGGUCCUAUGGGUAAUGGGGUUUUCGGGGUACGUGUGUUCAUACCAAGACACCGCAAUCCUUGUUCACCCGUGCUUCACUUCGAUUUGGAGGAACAUAUCUCCUUCAAGCUCACUUUAAAAAAAAUCAGAGGGUGUGGAAACAACGACAUAUGUGCUACAUGGUAUAACAAAGCAAUGCACGACACGGUGAAAGCAAAGGUGAAAGAAUCAGGAUUUUUGCCUUUUUUGUCAAUACUGGGACAUGGAAAGAAAGGGGAUAGGCCAUUACUUGUGGCCUUAGCUGAGAGAUGGUGGGACACUACCCACACAUUCCACUUCGAUGAAGUUGGAGAGAUGACAAUGACCCCGACGGACUUCGCAGCAAUCACAGGAUUGCGUGUUGGUGGGAAGCGAUUAACGUACGACUUGGACAUUUACAGAAAUAAGAACAAGGUGGUGAAAUUGUUUGGGAAACCAAUUGCAGACCUACUGGCAGGGGAAAGGAGAGUGCCGUAUGAAAGCCUUUGCACUCCGUACUGGAGGAAGAAUCCGAAAAAUGAUAAAGAAGCUGACCAAAUUGCAAGGGCAUUUAUACUGUGCUUGAUUGGCUCCUCAUUCCUCAAUGACAAGAGCCAAUACGUGAGUAUGCACUACGCCCCCUGUCUGGAAAUAGUCUCAGACAUUGGUAAAUAUGACUGGGGCGGUGCGGCGUUGGCUUGCUUGUAUAGAUCAUUGGAUUCUUGUUCCAGGGGCAGGUCAUCAAGCAUGGGCGGGUAUUGGAGGGCAUGGGAGGUAUGGGCUUGCGAGUACCUAAAGCCGUUUGCUUUAUCAAGGCCCAGUGGGACCUUGAACACGUGGCCCAGAACAUUGAGGCGGGUUGGUGCAAAAUCAAAGCGGGACUUGCAACAUCACUUGGAACAUUUUAGAGUGAUGAUGCGACAUCUAACAAAUGAUCAGGUUAAUUGGAACCCAUGGGGGACCAAUGAAUCCGACAUGCCGGAAGCCGUCAUAAAUAGUGUGUCGGCAACCCGUAAACGAAUCCUACUUGAGGGACCAGCUGGUUCAGCCUGGUUUUUGGGAGAGCGAGUCGCAAUGCAAAGUUUAGGCACCACAGAACCUCAAGUACCCAAAAUUCCACCGACGACAAUGCUUUCUGAUUAUAAGCUAAAUAAUGAGGCAGAAGUCAGGGAAGCACUGAAUGGGUACCCCGCUUCAGAAUGGCUUGCAAAUUCAUCCAACUAUGGCCAGUACAGAGAUGAGUACAUAAGGUACCGCCACUAUGAGGACUUGCGUGAAGCGGUACGUUAUACACUGAUCACGUGUUCUGUACUUAUACUUGCUGCAUGA